GAGGACCCGCCGGCGGCAGAGCGCGCGGCGGCGGCGUGACCAGGAAGCGCGCCGCUGCGAACUUUUCCCACGCGCGAGCGAAUAACACCCCACGUCUCGAAGACCAGCAUAUCAUGGCGCUGUCGUCGGACUACAGCGACUCUUCGUCGUCCGACUCUGACGACGACGAAAACGACGACGCCAGCGACGGCCUGUCGCAGCUGCAGCCGAUCGAGCUGUCGAGCGGCGACUCCUCGUCCUCAUCCUCAUCCGAUUCAGGCUCUGACCAGGUGCUCCAGGCGCAGCCCGUGCGGUACCUGCCGGCGCGUGCUAGACAGGAGAGCUCGGGCAGCAUGCAGCAGCGCCGGUCGUCGACGGGGGUGUUUGUGACGCCCGGACCGGCGAGCGUCAGUGGUAGUCGGCGUGGAUCGACACGCGAGACGACGGGCAACGGGCUGUCUGUGACGCCCACGCCUGGCUCUGGGGGUGCAGUGGGGGAUGAGGGUGGAGGUGGAGCGCGGGACGAGUCGCACGACGAUGGCGAUGCGCCGUCGCCGCCGAAGCGUCGGCGGACAGAGUCUUCUACGGGCAGGGCCGGCAGUGGCGUUGGGACUAAUGAUGAUCUCAUUUCUUUCGACUUUGACUAGGGUGUCCAAGG